CCUUCUCUUCUCAGUUCCAUCCUAUCAAACUCAAGUUCUCUUAGGCUUUCUAAAACUCAUAUCCAAAACAGCGAAGACAAUGAGCUCCACUGCUGUACCUGCUGCUACUACUGCCAAGGGUGGCCGAGGCAAGUCCAAAGCCAAGUCGGUGUCCAGGUCUCUAAAGGCUGGUCUACAGUUUCCUGUUGGUCGAGUUGCCCGCUUCCUCAAGAAAGGCAGGUACGCUGAACGGCUCGGCUCUGGAUCCCCUGUCUAUCUCACUGCUGUUUUGGAGUACCUGGCUGCUGAGGUUUUGGAGCUUGCUGGGAAUGCAGCUAGAGAUAACAAGAAGAACAGGAUUAUUCCUAGGCAUAUUCAGCUUGCGGUGAGAAAUGAUGAGGAAUUAAGCAAGCUCUUGGGAUAUGUGACCAUUGCCAAUGGAGGGGUUUUGCCUAAUAUUCACCAAAAUUUACUGCCAAAGAAGACUGCAAAAGGGAAAGGUGAAAUUGGGUCUGCGUCUCAGGAGUUUUAGGGUUCUAAAUUAAUCUAUUUGUUUCUGAAGUUAGGGGUUUGUUAGGUAGGUUGCUCUUUCCAUGGGAUAGAUUGUUGAUAGCAUGUAAUGAAGCUGGGCUUGGAUUUGUAAAUCUCAGUUUGGACAAUGAAAUGGAUGGGCUACUCUCAUAAUUUUUCUGUACUCUUAGGUAGCUUGGUCUUUCUGUGGGAUAGAUUGUUAAUAGCAUGUGAUGAAAUUGGCCUUGGAGUUUGUGAAUCUCAUUUUGGACAAUGAAAUGUAUGGGCUACUGUUAAUUUUGCUAUA